GUUCGUUGAACCAAUCACAGAGAUAGGACUAUUUUUAAAGGGUGAGGUUGUUGUUGGGUUUUUACAAAGCUAGUGCGGUACCUAAACGUAAUGUGCGUGUAGUUUUAAAAAUUGAUAACGAGCGAGAGCUCGUAAAAUCUCCGAUGCAGGUGGCAACUCUUUUUCGCGAGUCCUCCACGUUACUGGGAGCGACAAUGGAAACGGGCGGCGGCGGAGGUGGCCAGGAUUCAGGUGUCUCCAGCCUCGGCCCUGGACCAUUGUCCUAUGAAUCCUACAACCACCCGGUGACCUUCUCAAAUAAGUACAAGCUAAAUAUGAAACUGGAACCCCAUGAUGACGGUUAUGAAACUAGUGCGGAUAUGCUCUUAAACACUGCCAGUGUUACACAUAACCAUGAAGUGAAGUGUGAAAAAUUGGAAGAUCCCUACAGUUUUAUUGACGAUGAUCCAAUUCCUAUGCUUCCUGCGGCCCCAGGGCCCCCACAUCUUAUGCAUCCGAUGCCCCCAAUCAAUAAUCAACUUAUGCCCGGCCCUAAAAAACGGGGGAGAAAAAAGAAAAUUAAACCUGAACAGCCUGAAUUUAAUCAAGAUAUGAACGGAGGGAUUCCACGGCCUAUAAAAGAACGGAAAAAACAUGAUCGAUUUAAUGGAAUGCCUGAAGAGGAGGUCUCCAAACGAACUUUGCCCGAUCAUCUUACUGAAAAUUUAGAUAUUAUUAUAAUUGGGAUUAAUCCUGGGUUAUUUGCGGCCUACAAGGGACAUCACUAUGCAGGACCUGGGAACCAUUUUUGGAAAUGUUUGUAUUUGUCAGGAUUAACGCCACAACAGAUGUCUGCUGACGAAGACUAUAAGUUACUGCAAGUAGGAAUAGGAUUUACAAAUAUGGUUCAGCGCGCUACAAAAGGUAGUGCAGACUUAACACGUAAAGAAAUUAAGGAAGGUAGUCAAAUUUUGUUAGAAAAAUUGAGAAAAUUUAGACCUAAAAUAGCAGUAUUUAAUGGUAAACUUAUUUAUGAAGUUUUUUCGGGGAAGAAAGAUUUCAAAUUUGGGCGACAACCAGAUGUAGUGGAAGGAACAAAUACACACAUGUGGGUCAUGCCAUCUUCUAGUGCAAGAUGUGCUCAGCUUCCCCGAGCAGCAGAUAAAGUACCAUUUUAUGCAGCUUUAAAGAAGUUUCGAGACUACCUAAACGGUUUAAUAACUGAAAUUGAUGAAAACGAAAUGGUAUUUUCGGAGCCAAGGGUAAAGUCUUGUUAUGAAGCAGAACCAAAGCCAGAUCUGUUUUCACCGGAACUCACCGACAUUAGUAAUGCUGUGAUUCAAAAUGAGGAUGGUACUAUUAUACCUUGUAAAAAAAAGCGUGGUCGACCGAAGAAAAUUAAGGUUGAAGGUGAAGAGCCACCUCCAAAGCCCGUUGUGAGGAAACCUCCGGCAACCCAGAAUAAUAACUGUGAUUUUCCAAAGAAGAAAAGAGGCCGGCCUAAAAAGGUUAAAGUUGAAAAUAUGGAUUUAAAUCAACCGGACAACAAUACAUCGACCAACAUGUCUCAGUGUUAUUCCAAUCCGUCACCUAUACAGUCUCCUAAUAAUUUUUAUCAAAUGGGCCCCGCUAUCACACCUCCCAAUAGUUCAAGCAAUUUAUAUGCCCCUCAACCACAGUCAUAUAACCAGUCUCCGAGACCACAAUACAGUCAGUCGCCUAGGCCACCGUACAGCAAUUCGCCUAGGCCACAAUACAGUCAGUCUCCAAGACCACCAUACAGUCAGUCCCCCAGACCACCUUACAGCCAGUCCCCUAGACCCCAUUCCCAACCUUUUACUCAUUCAGAUCUCAGUUCGGAAAUUAGCGCAGCUAUAAGUUCUGAACAAUUGGGGUCGCCAGCAUCUCCCAUAGGUCCGCCAGAUUUCGAACCACCGACAAGUAUGGCCGAAGAAGCAGAAUGUCGUUUAGGCAGUCCUGCCCCUUCAACCAACAGUGAACAGGCACACUAUCAUUAUCAGUCUUACAAUAUGGACCCACCCCAUCAACCAGAGCCUCAGUAUCCAUCCCCCCGACAGACACAAGAUAUUGCUUCCAAAAGCUUAUCAGGGCUCGAAUCUUUAGUUGAUCAAAUUCCCAGUAUAACCGAAGGAGAAGCACCACUUGGUGAAGCACCUGACCAAUAUGCCGGCCAGUUUAAUAAUUACAAUAUGUCAUCUUCAUCGAGGGCUAGCCCCGUUCCUUAUAAUUAUCCUCCAAGUUCAGGAUAUCCUCUGUAUCCUACCCCUACCUGGAGCGGCCACUAUGAACCAAUGCCCCUCGGAUAUCCCCAGUUACCAUAUGCUCAAAGUUACGGGCCUGGCCUGCAUGUACCCAGUCCAAAUUAUCCAUACUACAGUUACCCUCAACCCACGCCUACACAUCCGCCUGGCUACCCUCCGUAUUUAGGAGGAUUCUGAUUGGUUUCCGUCACUGUGUUUUCAUGUUGUGUACCUGUACCAUAUGUUCAGCUAGUACCUAGCAAGUCUGUCCGCUUGAGUACAGUUGGUCACUUGCAUUUUGACAACAACAGAGACUUGCACAGGGUAAAUGGUGAUAUUUUUUUGUCAUAAGUAUUUUUCUCUAAACUUUGAAUGUUAGAUAGGCCAAGGGUUUUGUGCAUUAUUCUACAUUCAGAUCUCAGUCGAGUGUGUGUGUUAAUCUGAGUGUGUGGUUCAUCGUUAUAGUUGUAGCCCAUGUCAUUCAUUUAAAAUAAACAUUUGUUAUAGCUCUUCA